UCUUCUCCUUUUUCUACCACUACUGGUUGGUACAGUACUACUCCGUCCACUUUGAUAAACGAAAACGGGGCAAAAUAGAUACCCGACACGAAAAGGGCCUCUCUUGCAGUGUAAGCGCGCGGGGUAUAACGUAAUAGCAAGGUGAACCCCAGACCCAAUCUGGGAGGGAGCUAGGGCCUUCUUUCUUUUGCAGUGCUUCCCGGUUCUAGAGCCGCCCGCCCCCAGAUGAUUGGCGAGUCAGUGGUUGUUAAUUAUUAUUGCCCGCAAGGAGAUUGCGGAAGCUCCUUUUUCGUUAUCAACCAUGAGAGUUGCUUAAAAGCCCAGUUGCCCCAGCCCUUCCCGUUGUGACUGAGGGUUUUCACUCUUCUUGGUACCUUGGUUUUUUUCGCCGUGCCAUAAUUCUGCGAGGGCAACCCUUUCUUUGAUACACCCCUUGUCUUCGCAGUCCUGGUUCUCUUGUACCCAAUCGAUCAUCGACGACAAAGGAGAACCGGUCAUCCGGCCAAAAAGAAAAGCACCAUGGCUCACUCGGUAGACGUCGAGAAGCAGCAAGGUGCUGAUCUCCAUGCCAGCUCGUCCAACGAACGCGGCUCUAUCGACGGCACCGCCACCCACAACGAAAAUGCCGAACUCAAGCGCGACAUGAAGCCGAGGCACGUCAUGAUGUUCUCCAUCGCCUGCGCCAUCGGUACCGGUCUCGUCAUCGGCUCCGGAACCGGUCUGGCCAGGGGAGGGCCCGGCUCCAUGCUCAUUGCCUACAUUAUGAUCGGUGCCGCCGUCUUCUUUGUCAUGACAGGCCUGGGAGAGAUGGCUGCUUUUGUUCCCAUGAACAAGGGUUUCGGUGGUUAUGCCAGUCGAAUGGUUGAUCCUGCUUUUGGUUACGCGACUGGUUGGAAUUACUUUUUCAAGUAUAUCGUGGCCACCCCGACCAACUUGACCGCUGCUGGACUUGUCAUUCGCUACUGGAGGCCUGACCUCAACGUGGGUAUCUGGAUUGCCGUUUUCGGUUGCUGCAUUAUCGCCAUCAACGUCCUAAACGUCAAGUAUUUCGGAGAAUUCGAGUUCUGGAUGGCCAGCGCCAAGGUCAUUGUCAUGAUUGUCAUGAUCUUCUCGUGCUUCGUGAUUGCCUGCGGUGGUGGUCCCAACCGCGAUGCUACUGGCUUCCGGUACUGGAAUGACCCCGGCGCAUUCAAGGAGUAUCUCUUCGCGGGCGAUCUGGGUCGUUUUGUUGGUUUCUGGGCGUGCUUGAUCCAGGCCGUCUUCGCUUACACCGGAACUGAGGUUGUGGGCAUGACCUUUGGUGAAGUCAAGAAUCCCCGCAAGAACAUUCCCAUUGCCGUCAAGCAGACCUUCUGGCGUAUUGCUUGCUUCUACAUCCUUGGCAUAUUAUUCCUGGGUAUGACCGUUCCUAGCAACAGCGACCAGCUUCUCGGCGCCCUCAAGAAGGGAACUUCUGGUGAAGCCUCGCCUUUCGUCGUUGCCAUGAACCUCGCCGGCAUUGCCCACUUUGGUGACGUGAUCAACGGUUCGCUUCUGAUCUUUACCCUGAGUGCCGCCUGCACCGACAUUUACUGCUCUUCCCGAUCCCUUUAUGGUCUCGCUCGUGACGGUCAGGCCCCCGCCGUCUUCGGCAAGACCCUUACCAGCGGAGCUCCCAUCUAUGCAGUCGGUCUUUCUUCCAUGUUUGUGGCCCUCGGCUUCAUGAACGUGGCACAGAGCGCAGCUACGGUCUUUACGUACCUCACCAGCGUUUUGACCAUCUUUGCCCUGCUGAACUGGAUCGCCAUUCUCAUCUCCCACAUCCGCUUCCGCGCCGCCAUCAAGGCCCAGGGCAUCGCUCUCUCGGACCUCCCCUACGUCGGCUUCCUCCAGCCCUACGGAACCUACUACUCGCUUUUCAUCUCGAUCCUCGUCGUCAUCUUCAACGGAUACGACGCCUUUGUCCCCGUCUUCAAGGUCGACACCUUCAUCACCAAGUACAUUGGUACCGUGCUCUUCCUGUUGAACAUUGCCUUUUGGAAGUUUUACAAGAAGACCAAGAUGUGGGACCCCUCCGAGGUCGACCUGGUUACCGGCCGCCGCGAGGCGCACGAGAUCGAGGACGUUGCCGAUCAGCAGUGGAACGAGGGCUUUUUCAAAAAGGCUGUCAACAAGUUCAAGAGGAAGUAGGGGUGUUGCCUGGGGGUUUUCUUUAAUUUUUUAAUGCAUUACGUCUUGGGAAUCGGGACUGCAAAUUUUUACAAGAGUUGUGUAGAAAUGACAUG